AUGGAUGCUGAAACUGACGCAGCUAAGAUUAAGGAAGACGAGGAGAUCAGCGAGAUGAACAUCAAAGCCUUCAGUGACUUGAUGAUCAGUAUGAAUUCUGACACGGCAGAAGGAAAGGUUGCUUUCAAUUUGGUAGCCGGAAGCAGAGACGAAGUCAACUACCCAAAAGGAAAUGCGAAAGAAGCAUGGGACAAGUUGAAGGAUGAGUAUGAGCCAAAGACGAUCACCUCCAAGAUUUGUGUCCGUUUGGAAGAGAUGAAGCACCCAGUAAGUGAAGAGGACCAAUUCAUCCACAUCAUUGGAAGCUUGCCUUUGAAGUACAGACAAGAACAAAAGGACUUCGAGAAAAUGAUGAAAGCGAACACACUCACCAUUAAGUACAUCAAGGAAGAACUGAAUUCCGCACAGAAGGACUUCGCCAAUGCAACAGAAGGUGGUGGACGAGGACCUUUCCUUGGAACCUAUUUCCAUUGUGGUAUCAGAGGCCACAAGAAGCAUGAAUGCAGAAGAAACCUAGAGAACCGAAACAACGGUAACAAUGGUAACAAGAACAACAACAGCAACAACAACGAUGACGAUAAGGAUGAUGUUGCUGAAGUAGUGCUGCUGAUGGCAACAGAGACAUUCCUUGCUCCAGAAGAACCAACAAAGAAGAAGAACGUCUGGUUCGAGUGGAAUGAAGAAUGUGAAGAGAGUGAUUGGGAAGAUGAAGAAGCAGAUGAUGAAGUGAUCGUGCAUGCUAUCGUGGAAGAUCCAAACGACAAAGUUCACGAGCACGGAAAUUUCCUUCACGAUGCGAUUUCUUUGAUAAUUUUAUGGCGAACUUCGGACAAAAUGAUUGCGACGCGAAAAACGACGAAACAUUCCAUGCGACAAAGCCUACAAGUGAACACGCUUUUGUCACAGAAGAGAUCGAGAACGCUAUUCUGA